AUGGUGCCCUGGCUCUUGUUGGGAUCAGUGCUUUUCUCCCUGAUUAUCGGAACCAUUGCCUACAACGUCAUGGACAAAGCGCUCAGUAACAACCUCAAUUUCACCUGCCAAGGAAGGAUUUCAAAAGCAAGUUUCAGAAUAGAUCAACAGUUUUUGCCUUAUUAUUUUAUCAUUGGCUUUGGAAAUGCCGUUUCAUUCACAGCAGUCAUCUUUUCUGCCCUUCUCCUUCUCUUUUCCCUCUGGAGACACAAACGCAACAUGCAGACAAACUCCAUGAGGGACCUCAGCAUGGAUGCCCACAUCAAAGCCAUGAAAUCCAUUCUCUCCUUCUUCAUAAUGUACAGCAUCAACUUUAUAUGUUCGAUCUUGACUCUCAUUUAUGCAAUGAAGAAUGACACUGACGUGAUAUUUUUAACUUACUUAAUUCGUUACACUUUUCCAGGUUUUCAUUCCCUUGUUCUGAUUUUCAGUAAUCCCAAUCUGGAA